CUCGCUGUAGUGGGCAUCAUGUCUGUGCUUCCUUCGCCCGAGACAACGUUUGAAGACGGGGAGCGAGAGACACUACCGGUCGAGUAUGUGGCGUAUGCGGAGGAGGUGCUGGCGGGCAAGGCGCACUCGGAGACGGCGCCGGCGUUCUGGGUGGCCAAGUACGAGAAGGAGGCAGCGCGGAAUUGGGACAUCUUCUACAAGCGCAACACAAACAAGUUUUACAAGGAUCGUCACUGGCUCAAGGCCGAGUUUCCGGCCCUGGCUGCCGGCGAUGGCUCGCUGCGCCUUCUCGAGGUCGGCUGCGGCGUGGGCAAUACCAUCUUCCCGCUCCUUGAUGAGGUGCCAGGCCUGGAGAUUCUCGGCAUCGACUUUGCGAAGCGUGCCAUCGCUAUGGUCCGCGAGCAUCCGACGUAUGUGGCCGAGCACACUGCCGAUCGGAGCCCGCGCGUCCAUGCUGCCGUUGCCGACCUUGUCCACGACGACAUUGUCGCCAUUGUCGACGAAACCUUUGGCGCUCCCGUCGACUGCCUCACCAUGAUCUUUGUCCUCUCGGCCAUCGCACCCGAGCACCACCCGGAUGUCAUGGCUAAGAUGGCGCGCGCCAUCCGUCCUGGUGGACUCAUUCUCAUGCGUGACUAUGGCCGCUACGACCUUGCCCAGCUCCGGUUCAAGAAGGGCGCCAAGCUUGCUGACAACUUUUACGUCCGCGCCGACGGCACCCGCGCCUACUACUUUAGCCUCGACGAGAUCGAGCUCCUUGCCCAUGCUGCAGGCUUGAUCGUUGAUCGCGCCGCCUACGUUCUCCGCAAUGUUGUCAACCACAAGGAGGGCAAGUCGAUGAACCGUGUCUGGUUCCAAGCCGUUCUUCGCCGGCCGCUCCCUGCCGAUGCCGAUGCCGAUGCUCCAGCCACCCGUGCCGACGCUGAUGUCGCCACUGAUGCUGCCACCGAUGACGCUCCUGACACACCAUCUUCAUAA